CUCCGUCUCGGUCCAUAAACACGCAAAAAAAAAGAACUUGGCCAAUAUCCAGCCAUCUUGACCUCACACUUGAUCAAUAACCCGUACAUAUUUCGAGGACUCAAAUGUAUGUAACUGCUGCGCGCGCGUUUCGGCGCGAGCCAGUUUUAGAUUUGAAUCUUCCAUUAUGACGACGCACGCUGAAUCGUAGAACGACUUACUUUAUCACUGGGAAUAAAGAGAAACUUCUUCAAAAGAGAUUUCAAUCGAGCGUCCAUAGAAGUGUUGAUAAUCAGUUAAUCUUAAAGCUCAGUUUAAUUUUCAGUUUCAAGCCUUUUAUCAUCACCGUGUGUCAUAGUGGGUAAGUUCGUGUACUUUUCCAUUAUUUGUUUUGAAUAAUACGUAUUGAUAGCAGUUUCUUGACACAAAUACCUUGGUUGAUAAAAUUCCAUACUCUUAUGCUAUGGCAACGGCUUGUACAAUACGGCUUUUCAAAAUUUCCUAAAAGUAAUCAGAAACCAAAGAGUGGAGUAUAAAAGCAUAAACAUGUAAAUCACGAAAAACUUUUGAAGACACCAGUGACCGACGAGUAAUUUAUAUACUCGUCGGUCUUUCUUUAAAUAGACGUCUUUAAACAUUUUUAAUAAGUUAACGAUAUCAGUUUUAAUAAUUUGUUCUUCUCGUAAUAUAUAAAACAACAUAAGCUGUCAUGUGUCUUUAGUGGUACGCAAUCACCACCAAAGAGUCUAAGAGAUGCAUUGGCCUAAUACUUGCUCAGUGUGUGUUAGACCAAGUGUGCCUAACACACACUUAUCGAGUCGGUUGCCUCUAUGCAUGAUUGGACAGACUGUUACAAUCUGUGCAACUGUUAAUCAUUUCUCUAUACAGGUAACUGAUGGAUUCAGAACCUGAAUAUCCCAAGCAGGAUUAUUUCAACUUCUACCCAGCUUGCGGCACCGGCCACAAUCAACAAACAGAAAACUGCGACUUGACACACAGUGCGCAGCAAAGUACUCUCUCCAAUCACACGGGAGGGACUAAGCACACUACACAGCAUCCGGGAACUCAGCAGUACACCCCGAAAUAUCAGGGAACAAAUCAGCAUUUCUCGCAACAUCCGGGAACAAAUCCCUUUUCCACUCAGGAAAUUAAAACAACUCCUCACCUAGCCCAAUACCCAGGAACCAGUCAACAUUCAACACAGCAUCCGGGAAUUACUCAGUGCUUCACGCCUCAUCUGGGACAAUACCCAUUUGGAAGAACCACUCAUUAUACGGGAGCUGGAAAAUUUCCUGGACCUCCGCUUUAUACGCCAUUUCUGGGAACUGCUCAAUAUCCUGGAACUAGCAAACAGUUUGCAGAAAGAAUGCCAUACAAUACAGGGUCACAAUUUCAACAAACGGCAACUCAAUUUAGCGAUGGAACAGCAUGCACCAGGGAAAACCCGAGCGGGCAGCUAUUAGGAAACAUUGGUACAAGCAUCCUUGCUAACUUAAACAGCAAAGUCUUCGGAAACACAAGUGCUCAACCUCAAAAUUUCAGCUCAUUUCAAUUUACUAGUCCAAACGUAGAGGAAAGCCAACUGGAGAGGCCACAAAACAAUUUACCCGAAAGACAGAAACAACAGCCCGUCUUUGCCAAUCAUGAAUUCGGCAAAACGGCGGAGAAGCUGGAGCCCAAACGAGAACAAACUCAGCUAACGGAAGAGAAAGAAGCGGAAGAAUCCGCACAAAAGGAAAAAGAAAGAACUGAUAAAUCGAUUGGCAUAAAACAUCUUAUCACUAGUUAUGCUAAAGCAAGGACACUUGUAUCACUGUGCCGUUAUUUUGAUACACCACUGUUUGGAGAUCUCCCAGGCAACGAAGCAGAAAAGACUAUCAUGAAAAAUCUUGCUCACUUCUUGAAAGACGAAACAAACAAGAUGAAAUUUGUCAACUGCGGGGAAGAACAAGAAAAAACAACAUUUCAAAAUGAGGAUCCGACAAUGCAGGCUAGCCUUUCAGUAAUCGCAGCUACCAUAAGCGAGCUUGAAAAAAAGAAACGUAAACUUGAAGGGGACAAGAGAGAAUUCGAAAAUGUAGACAAGGUCGUGAAAGGUUUCACUGGCGAGCUGGAGGAGAACAUUAAACAGGCAACAACAUUGAAGACAGAAGUAGAGGCGCAUAAUGUUCGAUUGGAAAGAUUGAAGGAAAGGCAAAAGAACGAGCGAAAAAACAACGAUUCCGAGCGCUCGCAGUUUCAUAAAGAAAUGGAGGAAAUAAACAAAAUUCACGUGCACAGUUUACAGGAAAACCUUCGCACGCUGCAGGAAAAGAUUGGAGAGGAAACAAAAGGUUUUAACGACGUGAAAAGAGAAUUAAAAAACCUGAAGGAAAGGAAUGAUAGUUUAAGAACACGCAUUAAGGAAGCGGAGACGAUAAACAACAAUUUGAAGAAAAUUCUUGCAAAAUCAACAAAAGUGGGCAACACUGGAGGUCAGAAUACGGGUAGUUUAAGCGUGAAGACGCAUUAUAACAUUAAUCAGUAAUGAAAAAAAAAAAAAAAACCCAUCGUGUCAAAGAAUUACUUUAAUUUUCUUUAAUAAUACAUUCUUCAAGCCAUUGUUGUUAGUUUGAUUACGACUUCUGCGUUUAAGUUCAGUAGUUUACUUUGAACGCAACCCCGGCAUAUAAAAAAACCUCUUUGCGCUGACGUAACUUAAGUCUGUUGUAUUCAAUGCAAUAAAAUGAACUGCCAUGUUCAAAAUUACUGUUAAAUUGAAAGGAACUGGCUUAAAAUAGUAGUUUACUAAGAUAGAGAAACACCAAAAAUUUUGUUAUAAACCACAA